AUCCUCUGAAAGACUCCAGCCGGUCAAAACCCGUCACCGUCUUCAACCACGGGAUCUCUCUACUUUCUGAUUCAUCAUCCAACAUAAUAAUUUUCGCCAUCGCUCUCUCUCUCUCUCUCUCUCUCUCUAAACUUUCCCCCGCUCAUCUCUUAUAGAGAUCGCACGAUCCAACAUAAUAAUCUUCACCAAUUUCAGAAGAACUCUGUAGAACGAUGCUCAAUAUUUUAAGAAAUUAUUUUUAUUAUUGAAUAUAUUGUCGAGGAUCCUGGUAUAUAACCGAGAAGAUGUUGGAGAAGAUUGGGUUGCCUUCGAAACCGUCGAUGCGAGGGGGGAACUGGGUGGUUGAUGCCUCUCAUUGCCAGGGAUGCUCCUCCCAGUUCACUUUUAUCAACCGAAAGCAUCAUUGUCGCAGAUGUGGAGGUUUGUUUUGCAAUAGCUGCACCCAGCAGAGAAUGAUUUUACGAGGACAAGGUGACUCUCCAGUACGAAUAUGUGAUCCUUGUAAAAAGCUAGAGGAUGCAGCACGGUUUGAACUGAGAUAUGGUAAAAAUCGAGCUGCAAAAGGUAACUCAAAACAGGUGCAAAGUCAAGAGGAAGAAAUCUUGCAUCAGAUUCUAGGAACUGAUGGCAAGCUAGAAUCACAUGCUGAUAUGACUCCGGAUGUUCUAAGAAGUGUAAGCAGUGCAUCAUCUUCAAGUUUGAAGGAAGAUUCUCCUGCUUUAGGCAGGGAAGGAGGGUCCCUUAUUGACACUGGAGCAAAUAGUCCAGAAGAUUUGCGUCGACAAGCAAUCGAGGAGAAGGAAAAGUACAGGAUUUUGAAGGGAAAAGGAAAAUCUGCAGAAGCCCUUCAGUUUUUCAAGCGCAGUAAAGAACUUGAGAGGCAAGCUGCGGCUUUAGAGAUUGCAUUAAGAAAGAACCGUAGAAUGGCUUCAAGAACUUCAAACUUGUCUACUGUCAUUUCCGAGCAGAAGAAAGAUGAUUUUGAAGAAUCCAGCAAUAAGAAAAAGCUUCCCUCACAAAAAGGCGAAGAAGAAAAAGGUGAUCUUGCAGCUGAAUUGAGAGAACUAGGCUGGUCUGAUGCUGAUCUACAUCAUGCAGAGAAAAAGCCUGUAAAUCUGAGCUUGGAGGGUGAGCUAUCAAAUCUUCUUGGAGAAAUUUCACAUAAACCUUCUUCCAGUAGAAAAGCAGGCAGCAUUGAUAAGUCUCAGGUUGUUGCUCUUAAGAAAAAGGCCCUUCAGCUGAAACGUGAAGGGAAGCUUGCUGAAGCAAAAGAAGAACUGAAGAGUGCUAAAAUCUUAGAAAAACAACUGGAAGAACAGGAGCUUUUAGGUGAUUCUGAGGAUUCAGAUGAUGAGCUUUCUGCACUAAUUCGGAGUAUGGACAAUGACAAACAUGAUGACCUACAAGUGGAAAAUGAAUCGAUCCCUGGCAUUAAGUUCAACAACUUUUUUAAUGUGGGUGAUGAGCUUACAAUUGAUGAUAAUUUUGAUGUAACCGAUAAUGAUAUGAAUGAUCCAGAAUUAGGUGCUGCCUUGAAAUCAUUUGGAUGGACAGAAGAAGAUGAUGAACAAGUUCCUUACCUUCUGGAUUCUAAUCCUUUAGAUCGGGAAGCCUUGCAACAUGAAGUUCUUACCCUGAAAAAAGAAGCUCUUACCCAAAAACGCGAAGGUAAUGUAGCUGAAGCAAUGGCGCUUCUUAAGAAAGCAAAACUUCUUGAGAAGGAUCUCGAAACCAUCCAGGUUGAUGGGCAGCAAACCUUUGCACCAGAGGUUAUGCCAAAGAGUUCGACCUCUCAAUUUUCUUCAGAAAAAUCUGGGCAUCAGGCAACCGUGAAGAAUGACAGGAAAUUGCCAGCAAAAAGUAAGCUAGCAAUUCAGAAAGAAUUACUGGCUCUGAAAAAGAAGGCCCUUGCUUUAAGAAGGGAAGGCCGCGUAGAGGAGGCAGAUGAAGAAUUGAAGAAAGGAGAGGCCCUUGAACAACAAUUAGAAGAGAUGGAGACUGCAUCAAAACGACCUGCUCCUAAAAUGAGCACGAAGAACUUAGAGAUGAAUAUUAGGACUUCGGAUUUCAGUGAGGAAGGAGAGGAAGCAGAGGUAACAGAGCAGGACUUGCAUGAUCCUGCAAUGAUGUCGGUUUUGAAGAACCUAGGAUGGGAUGAUGAUGGUGAGCCUGCAAACUUGGAAAAUAACAAACUCCAUGAGACUCCUAUAGUUCCUCGGAGGAGCAAGGCAGAGAUCCAACGGGAAUUGUUGAGCGUAAAAAGGAAAGCCCUUGCAUUAAGACGCCAAGGUAAGACUGAGGAGGCAGAAGAAGAGCUUGAAAGGGCAAAGGAACUCGAAAAGCAGUUAGCCGACAUUGAAGCCUCUUCUACAUUUGAUUCGGUGCCUUCAUCUUCUCAAGGUAAAUCUGAUUCUGUACCAAUAGAGGAUGAAGACUCCCCACCAUUACUCAUGGGCAGAAAAAUAAGGAAUCAAGAAAUUGAUUCAAAAGGAAAUAACCAAGGCAAACCUCUGCCCCACACUUCAGUUUCAGUUGGAAAGCCAGGUCCUCAACUUGAAGAAAGAACAGCCAAAACUAUUCCUAGCACAUCUCCCUUCGAUGGUGAAAUUUUGCAGUCAAAGGUUGAGAGAGCAAAGGCAGAUAAUUCACCCGAGCAGAAUACUGCUCAUGUGACAGAUACUCAAAAGGAAAAGGUAUUAGCUCAUAAAAGAAAGGCAGUGGCACUGAAGAGAGAAGGGAAGUUGUCUGAAGCCAGAGAAGAGCUAAGGCACGCAAAACUCUUGGAGAACAGCCCAGAAGGGGGAUCUCUUCAAUCCAAUGCUAUGACUUCAACUGUAUCAGCUCCUGCAACUGAAGCAACUUCUGUUUCAGUUGUACAAGAGAGCAGAACCAACCAACAGGCUCAAAAGCCCUUAUCUAGUCGUGAUCGCUUCAAACUGCAGCAGGAGUCCCUUGCUCAUAAACGCAAUGCUCUAAAGCUGAGAAGAGAGGGGAAGAUAGAUGAAUCAGAGGCAGAGCUUGAACUGGCCAAGGCAUUGGAGAGCCAGUUAGAAGAAUCUAGCAACCAAGGGUCAAGCACUAGGGCACAUUCAAAUGAUGUGGGUGUUGAGGAUUUGUUUGAUCCUCAGCUACUCUCUGCUCUUAAAUCAAUUGGGUGGGAAGAUAAUGAAUUAAGUGCACAACCCUCUAAGAAAUUAGAACCGAAAACAAAUUCAGAUAAAAGUGGGAACUUUCAGGGAGAGAGAAGUCAUUUGGAAGAGAUGAUAAAGGCUGAAAAAAUUAAGGCGCUCAACUUGAAACGGGAAGGAAAGCAGGCAGAGGCUUUGGAAGCUCUUCGCUCUGCGAAGAGGCUUGAGAGGAAGCUUGGUUCAUUGACUCAGUAACUUUUAAAUGGUGUUUUUGUACGCGUGUAGUGGACGGAGAAUAUUACGUGGUGAAUUUAGAUUGAUUCAGAGGCUUCAGAAGCUCCCUGAAGGCCUGACUGUAUCAAUUAAUGAUAUCGACAGCAAAACAUUGUUUCUGCGAAUUGUUGUUCUCAUCUUUUCCCGUGAUGUGGGACUAAGAGAGUGCUGAUUGACAUUCUUAAAUUAUUGCUGUAUCGGUAUUAAAUAAUUCGGUAUAUGAGCAUGAAUAGCAUAUCGGUUGAUCAUCGGGGUUGUAGUUGAUGAAUGAACAUAAAUGAAAUAGAUGGAUACUAUCACUGUAAUUAUAGGUAUGAGCUCGAUUUUGUCA